CGAGGAGAAGAAAUACAAGGAGUCAGGGAAGUAUAUAGUAUUGAUUUCAUUUUGUUGUUUUGCUAUAAAUAUAAAGCACGUUCCCAUCGGAGAGCCGAAACUGGAAAAAAGGUGCUCUCAUUUGCUUUUCUUCUCCAGCGCACCAGCCAGCCUCCCUCCCCCCACCCCCCGUCCCUAACGCUGCCAGGUCGUACUUACUGUCACUGCUCAGCUCGCUCCCCGGUCGCUCCCUCCACUUUUUCGCUUUUCAGGAUCGCCGCUCUUCGGCGGCCGCUUUUCGCCGUUGCAGAUUGGUGGCUCAUUUAUUUCUUCUAGGCCGUGGGGGAAGAAACUUGCAGCAGUCAUUUCCAGCAUUCAAGUCUCACUCUCUCUCUCUGUCUCUCGCUCUCUCGCUUCGCUCGUGACCGCAGAGACUUAGAAAUCCGCGAGACCCCACGAACGGCGGACUCGCUCGCGUCCAAGAGAGGCUUCUUCAAAAGCGACGGGGUCUGAGUUGAUUCUGUGCGGUUUCUCCCCCCGUCUUCGACCCGACCCAAAGAGACCUGUCGGGAGAAACCCAGAGGAUCCAAGCGCAAACUUUUCAGAGAGAGGGGGCUAACGGAAAAGCGAAGACAGGCACAAUGUUGGGUCAGAAGCAAGCAGAAGAAGCCAUCGUGGCCUCCAACCUGAGCGAGUCGGCGGAGCACGACGCCGUCAAGCUGGAAGAAGACGGCGGUACCGAGAAGCAGCCGGACGAGCACUCCCCCGGCUCCUCCAUCUUCAACGUCAAGAGCUUCCUCUGGCACGGCGGAUCCGCCUGGGACGCCUGGUUCAGCUGCGCCUCCAAUCAAGUGGCGCAAGUGCUGCUGACGCUGCCGUACUCGUUCUCGCAGCUGGGGAUUCUGUCGGGGAUACUGUUCCAGAUAUUCUACGGGCUCGUCGGAAGCUGGACGGCCUACCUCAUCAGCGUCCUCUACAUCGAGUACCGAACCCGCAAGGAGAAAGAGAAUGUCAGCUUCAAGAACCACGUCAUUCAGUGGUUCGAAGUGCUGGAUGGAUUACUGGGUCCUUACUGGAAAGCGGUGGGACUCGCCUUCAACUGUACUUUCCUCCUGUUCGGUUCCGUUAUUCAGCUCAUCGCCUGCGCCAGCAACAUCUACUACAUCAACGACCAUCUGGACAAGAGGACGUGGACCUACAUAUUCGGCGCCUGCUGCGCCACCACCGUCUUCAUCCCCUCCUUCCACAACUACCGGAUUUGGUCGUUCCUCGGCCUCGGCAUGACCACCUACACCGCCUGGUACCUCACCAUCGCCGCCAUCGUCCACGGCCAGGUGGAGGGGGUGAUGCACACGGCGCCGGCGAAGCUGGUGCUCUACUUCACCGGAGCCACCAACAUACUCUACACCUUCGGCGGACAUGCUGUCACUGUGGAGAUCAUGCAUGCAAUGUGGAAGCCCCAGAAAUUUAAGUACAUAUAUCUGAUCGCCACCCUCUACGUCUUCACGCUGACCAUUCCGUCGGCCACCGCCGUCUACUGGGCCUUCGGCGACCAGCUCCUCAACCACUCCAACGCCUUCUCUCUCCUCCCAAAGACCGGCUUCCGCGACACUGCCGUUAUCCUGAUGCUCAUUCAUCAGUUCAUCACGUUCGGGUUCGCUUGCACGCCGCUCUACUUCGUGUGGGAGAAAGUGAUCGGGAUGCACGACACGAAGAGCAUGUGCCUGAGGGCGCUCGCCCGGCUGCCAGUGGUCAUACCCAUCUGGUUCCUGGCCAUCAUCUUCCCCUUCUUCGGACCCAUCAACUCCGCCGUCGGCGCCCUCUUGGUCAGCUUCACCGUCUACAUCAUCCCCUCCCUCGCCCACAUGCUCACCUACCGGACGGCCUCCGCUCGCCAGAAUGCGGUGGAGAAGCCGCCCUUCUUCCUGCCGAGCUGGACCGGGAUGUACGUGUUCAACGCGUUUGUUGUCGGGUGGGUCCUGGUCGUGGGGUUCGGGUUCGGCGGGUGGGCCAGCAUGAGCAACUUCGUCAAGCAGGUCGACACGUUCGGGCUCUUCGCCAAGUGCUACCAGUGCAAGCCUCCCACGCCCCCGGCGGGGGCGGCAACCCACCAUCGCUGAGCCCCGUCUCGCCCUGGCCGGGCUAAUGGCUUCGAUUUCCUCUUCAUGUCUCUGCAGGACCCGUAGUUUGUAACAUACAUGGGGAGGUAGCAAUGCUUCCUUCCGUAUUGUGCGUGUGAUUGAGUAGUCUGCUUUUUUAUUUUUAUUUUUCUCUCUUUUUUAUUGGUGUUUCCAUUUAUAUUUUAUUUGUUAAUUUAGGUGGUAAUUUAUAGAUUAUAUAUAUAGAGAGAGAGUGUGUGUUGAAUGAUGAAGAUUACUUUUGGUAUUAAUUAAGUAAAGAAUAGAUAAUUAGUCUUCAAA